UGGGGCUUCAUUCUUGUUAUCAAGAGACACUUCAUGAGUCUUGUCCUUAUCAAUUGGUGAUAGCUAUUUCUUCCUUUGAUUUUUUUUUUAGAACAGCAAAUACACUGAAAAUCAAUGUCUAGUUCUGUUAAAAAAUCGAGUUCAUCAUCAUAUGAGACGUACGAGGUAAGGAAAAGAAAUCCAAAUCCACAAACAUGUGCCCUGUUGGUGAUUGAUAUGCAGAAUUACUUCUCUUCUAUGGCAGCCCUAAUUCUUGCCAACCUCAACACCACUAUCACUCUUUGUAGACGUGCUUCCAUCCCUGUCAUAUUCACGCGCCACUGCCAUAAGUCUCCUUCCGACCACGGUAUGCUUGAGGAGUGGUGGUUUGGAGACCUCAUCAUGGAUGGCUCCAUAGAGGCUGAGCUCAUGACGGCAUUGGACCGCAAAGGUGAGGACAUGGUGGUAGAGAAGAGUACAUACAGCGCAUUUCGGAACACAGGUUUGGAAGAGAAGCUGAAAGAGAUGGGUGUGGACGAGGUUAUAGUGACGGGUGUGAUGACUAACUUGUGCUGUGAGACAACGGCGCGCGAGGCCUUUAUUAGAGGCUUCAGGGUGUUUUUCUCCACUGAUGCAACUGCUACCUCUGAUUUGGAUCUUCAUGAGGCUACAUUGAAAAACAUGGCUUAUGGUUUUGCUUACUUUCUUGACUGUCACAGGCUCAAACAUGCCCUUACGGGUGAAUAAAAUGAAAAACUGAACUUGUUAUAAAUAUGAGUGUGAACUUGGUGCUGUUCUGCUGUAACAGAAUUUAUUUGUAUAACACUGCAUACCUUGUUAUGUGUGGUCAUGAUAUCAGUCAAAAGAAAUAAUCAGUGUAUAUGCAAUGUAUUGGAUUCAAUAUUGCUUUUCCUAUUUUUGUGUUUGUGACCAAAAGAGGUGUCCAAAUUGUUGUGCUACCACAAGAAUUACUCUAUAAAUAGUUUUAA